AUGAAAGAUAUUUUACAGGACGAAGAUAUUUACACUUUCUUCGAAUCAGAAACCAAGUUAUCUCAUGAAACUAGGCAGGUUUCACUGAAUGUUCUUGACCUCGAAAAGGAGAAUUACUUCUCUGUAGCCAUCGGACAAACUCGCACAAAAGCUCGCUAUGUCAUUGAUUCAUCUCAAGAUGCUGUGGAUUUGCUCCACAAGCUUGCAGUUGCAGAUACAACAACAACACUGGCUGAGACAUUUUCUGAUAGCGAAUCAUAUCAGACUUGCAAUGGAAACGGAUAUUUGAAACACUCCACAAACGGGAUGACCAACGGCAAUGGAAACGGAUAUUCGAAACACUCCUCAGACGGGAUGACCAACGAGAGCCAAGAAGCUGAACUCUAA